AUGCACAGACCAUACUCAGAGUUCAUAGAAAAAGACAGCAAUAUGUCCCUGCAGAGAAUGAUCCACAUCACCCUGCAAAGUCUUACAGAAAGAGGGAUCAAAGAGGGGCUUUUUCGGACGGGGAAAAAUGAGCUGAGUGUGCGAAGCAUAUACAACAAGCUCUUUCCCGCCAUGCACAACUCGUCUGCCUUUGUUGAGGCACACCGGCUCAAGCUGUACAUCCAGGACGGCAUGGAAAAAGAGGCCCUGGAGCAGAUUCGCAGGAUGCGGUCUUUUGAUGACAAAGCAAUUUUUUCUCUUCUAAACUACUCCUUUCUCUUUGCAGUUAUUAACAAGAUGCCCAACAUCAUUGAAGCCUUUUUCUCCAAAGGGUUUCCUCGCAAUGUGAACCUGCGGAUAUUCGGGUGCAAGAACAGCAUCGUAUUUCCCACGUACUUCCACCUUGCGCUGGCAGCACAGAAUCUGGCGGUUAUCAUGCUUUUCUUCAAGAGAACGAUAGACUACCACGAGACAUGGCACGGUCUGGGGCCUGUGCACUUGGCAGCGGUUAAUCCUGACAUCAGAGUGCUCGACAUAGUUCUAACGUACGGAGGCAAUCCCAUGGAGGUUACAACGACUCUGCAGUACUCCCUGCUGAACAAUCUCUUCAAAAAGCAGGAGCUGCAGUACAGAGAGGCAGGAAGACCGAUAUAUCCUGUGGAUCUUGCAGCUGUGUCCAACAACUGGGGGUCUUUUCUUCUUCUGAUGAAAAAGUCGCCAAAGUGUGCAGCACACUCGCAGCAUCUCCUGCACAUUCUGAACAGUCUGGAGAUGGUGAUAAAGGCAAUAAACAUUGGCGCGCGCUUGGACAUCCCGCUUGCCGAUGGCUCCACCAUUCUGCACACUAAAACAUACCACAACAGGCCAGAAAUGGUCGCUUUCUAUGUAGCUCUGAAGCUCCCGAUGGGCGUAAAGAACAGGGCAGGGUCAACGCCCUUGAGUCUCGCGCUGGAUCUGGAGCACCGCGAUGUUGCGUGGAUUUUGAUGAUGAAUGGCGCAAAAGUCUGCAAAAGCUACGAGAGCCAUCCGAUUGUAGAGGAGAUAGAAAAGGGGUGGGUGCCUGUGUACUCGCAGCAGGAGAAGUUCGAGUACUACAAACACGCAGCCUCGUAUGCAGAGAUUGUAAAUCACAAAGCAAAGAGCAGGUUCUUCAUCAAAAGAAUACUGAACAGAGACAAAAAUACGAUAGAAAGCGAAGUCAACAGGCUAAACAGCAAGAUACAAAAGAUAGAGAAAGAAGCGAAAACAGCGUUCAGAGACCUUCCCAAGGAAGAGCUCUACAAGAAGUUUUUGGAGGUGAUAUCCAAAUACUCAGCAAAAGACUAG